CACAAUAGGCGAUGAGGAUUUGUAAGAGUCUGAGCCUUCACCAGGACUUCCGUCACUUUGACAUUAGAAGAUAACAUUGUUGUACGUUUCUACUGACAUUGGAAACAACUAACCUUACACCGGAGACACCGUACAAUUCGUGUGUGGUCCCCGUAUUCCAUGCCUAAUCGUCUGCACAUAUUCGACAUACGUUGUUUCUACGUACAUACUCCAGUCCUUCAAUCGCAAAAUCACAAGAAACCAUCGCAUCGUCAAUUAUGGCGAUCCGCAAAGAAGUCAGAUCCGUACUUCGCUGGACAUGUGACCAAAUUUGCGCCAGCGAUUUAAUUGCUUUCCCAUUAGAUUACAACAGUCCGACUUGUUAUGAUCCCCAACCUGCAGAACUGAUUAUCAGAUUUGUUGAUGAUCUCAUCGUCAGCUGCAAACCUGAUGCCGCAAAUGCCAUUCUCGGAAAGCUCUUUCAAGUGCCAGAGUUUUGCAACAUGCCCCAAGGGGAACGCACUUUCGAAUUCUUCUGGAGCUACUUCUUAGGCAGACCAACAAACACACCAUGGCCGCAGUGGGACGAAAAGCGCCUCGCUGAAGAAAAGCGACUCAGCGACCCAGAGAAUGUGCGGUUCUACGACGGGUGGAGUGAUGCAUCAUGGAUUACGGAGACGCAGGGGAUUGCCAUUGGUGAUGACUAUGAUGUACAUCAGUGGAAGGAUUCGAGUGACUGUUGGACCCAAUCCAUCUGCGCACAUUUGUUGUGUCAGCCCAAAGAUGGAAGGCCACCGAGUCGAGAAACCCUUCAAGAAGCAUUUGAGGCGUUAGAAAAGCUAUCGACCAUGACACUACCAGCGGGCUACGGUAACAUCUUUAACGACCGUUCGUACUUCAUCAUUACGAUGUAUCUUGGCCAUUUUCAAAGAGCCUGCGAGAUUUUCCAACAAAUUGGAAUUUACCGAUUUGGAGACGAGUUCUUCUGCAAUCCAGCUUUCUAUCAAUUGCUCAUGACAUUCAUGUCUGAUCCACCAAUUAAGAGAUAUAACGCCGAAGAAGCGAAAGAAAUUGUGCAGCAAGUGUGUACAGCUCUCGAUACCAAACUCGAACGGCCGAGUGGAGUUUCCAUCCACAAAGAACCAAUUGAAAGUCCGGUAUCCGAUCUCCUUCAACGACUCUCGAUAGCCGCCUUCUCUGUUUACCAUGGAGACUAUUUAGCUGCCGGAAUUAACUCACCAGCCGAUAUUCUUCUCCCCGCCAUUACAGCUGAACGCAUUACUGAGAUUGAGCAACACCUAGGCGCUCCGCUUCCUCCUGAUGUGAAAGAGAUUGCAAUGGUUGCCAAUGGUUUCUACGGGGGCUGGAAUUUUGCAGGAGGUGGUUGGAGUGGUAUCUCUAAAAACGUCUCGGUAUGCCCUGCUGAUGACUGCGCAAUGUGGAUGGGCGACGAUGGCGAAGAUGAUUUUCAAAGUACGCAAACAAAUGAGACGCGGACCCGUGAUGAUGGGAGUACAUAUGAAGAAUUGGUCGAUACUCAGUACGAUGAUGAAACGGAGUUAGGCAACGUCUACGUCAGCAGUGCCCCGGCAGAUUGCGACGGCUACAUCCAUUUCAUGUGUCCACCAGAGACAUGGAGAACCUUCCAAAAGGCGAGGCGGGGAAUUAAGUCGCCAGAUGGAGAGUAUGCUGUUUUCUAUCACGCACCCUGGCAGGACAGCAGCGACGUGCAUAUUUUCAAGAGUCUGACGGAAUGGUUAACAAAUGUGAUGCUCUCUAUAGAGACGGAAGCAGAAGCGAGCGAGUAGGAGAACGAUGGAGAAGAAAAUGAGGGUAGUAAUUGAGGGGCCUUCCUCCAACAUGGUUGCCGGAUUCCCCGUUACACCAUAACUUAAAUUACUACAAUCUGAUUUAAGCUAGCCCUUCAUCAGCCAUUGUCGCAUGCGAAGGAUAUUUUACUCAAAGAACCAGAGUAAAUAGCUAUAAUAUGAAGUAAUAUGAAGUAAUAGCCAAUUUAAGGGUUAACCGCAAAUUGCUCCCAUACCGACGAC